CUACCAGUGCUCCUCUUUGCGCGCUCUCUCUGCCUGGACACCUGCACCGUCAAGCUCCAUCAGGAACAGCCUCUUUCUCCCCGUGUAUUAAUACUUCCUUCAUCUUACCCGCUGUUUCCGCCGUGUCGUCGUCAGAAUGCGUUUUCUUUCGUUGAUCGUGGUGCUUCCCGCCCUUGCUGCAGCUCAGCAACAGAUUCCCCUGGGCGACCAGGUCAAAGGCUGGUUCGACAAAGUCAAGUCUUUUGUUCCAAGUACACCUGUCUCGGACCCUAUUGAGAACGUUGCUCAGAAAGCAGCAGGCAAGGUCGCCGAGAAAAUUGUCACCCCUUUGACCACUAGCAACUGGCAAUCUGUGCUGGAGCCCUCCGCCCAGCCCCAGGAAUGGCUGGUCUUCCUGACCGGCGGUAACAAGACCUGCCUUGGCCGAUGUGGACAAGCGGAGAAGGCUUUCAACGAAUCCACCGCGCUGUUUGCUGCUGACCCAACCGCACCCAACCUCGCCUACCUUGAUUGCGAGAAGGAGCCUAUCCUGUGUUCGAUCUGGGCUGGUGCGCCUCCUACCGUAUGGCAUUACCAGCUUCCCCAGGUGCACCCAGGCGAGAAACGCCCGCCAGUUCCAUUGCACAUUGUCUACUUGAACCAUACCACCGUCACCCCCGAGACCAUCUACAAGAUCCAUUCCGAGAAGACAUAUCAGGCCGAGCCCGCUUAUGAAGGCGUCCUUCAUCCGUUUGACGGAACCCUCGCUGUGUAUGGUUUGAAUGUGCCUGUUGGCUACAUCAUGUACGGGUUCUCGGUUGUUCCUAGCUGGCUCAUGAUGAUCGGCAUCAGUUUCCUCAGCAGAACGAUCAUGGGCCGUCGGAUGCGCAACCCGGGACAAAUUGCUGGUCGUAAUGGCGCCAACUAAGUGUCGGCAGUCUAUAAGAUUUGUUUACAAUUUAUAAUUCUGCUCAAGAAACGAGUGCUACUCCGGAAUGUAUAUAAUGAUAUGUUAAAGAGUUUUGGUUCUCUGAAUGACUAGAGUUUGAAUGGAAGACUGGAAAUCGUAUGAGCUGCAACAUUGCUUUCUAACUCAUAGUAUCCUUAUUUAAAAGAAAUGUAAACGAAAAU